GGCAAAAAAAAAAAAAAAAAAAAAAAAAAAAGGAAGAAGAACAACUUCAAGAAAAGCAAAACUCAAGAAUUAGGAAUCUGGAUUUUCAGGGAAAUCAAGAGCACCCACAAAAUCCUACCUACCAAAUUUUACACCAAACCCAUCAAGAUCAAAUCUUUAACCCAGAAAAUCCUCAAUUUCUCCAAAACCAGCAACAGAAAUAUAAAGAACCCAUAAGUUCUAACCAAUCUUUAGACUUAGACCAAACCAUAGAAUAUGCAAAAUCAAGAAAAAGAACAGAAAUGAAGGGGACAGGAGGAGAAAUUGUUCAAGUCCAAGGUGGCCACAUUGUUAAGUCUACAGGGCGAAAAGAUCGACACAGCAAGGUUUAUACUGCAAAAGGUCCUAGAGACAGAAGGGUCAGGCUAUCUGCACAUACUGCAAUACAAUUCUAUGAUGUUCAAGACAGGCUAGGAUAUGAUAGACCAAGUAAAGCUGUUGAUUGGCUUAUAAAGAAAGCAAAGUCUUCAAUUGAUAAGCUUGCUGAGCUUCCACCGUGGAAUCCAACUGCUAAUGGAAAUAUGGAGACAGACCGAAAUGAUGGGUCUAAUGAAAUGAGAAUUGCAGCAGAGCAAUCAGAAUCAUCUGGUUAUAGUUUUCAACUCCAUAGACAAUUGGGUGAUAAUCCAAAUAAUGAUUCAUCUUUUAUUACAACAACUAUUGACCCUGAUGUUGUAAUUCCUGAUACUAUGAAAUCUUUAUUUCCAACCAGCUCCAAUACUUCAUCAAUGAAUUUUCAAGGGUAUACAACUGAUAUAAUUUCAAGAACCACAAACCAUACUCAAGAUCUUGGCCUAUCCCUUCACUCUUUCCAAGACCAAGGUCAUACAACUUCAAAUGAUGAGAAUAUUUUUGCCGGCUCAGGCCCAGUUGGUUAUGAAGCUAACUUUCAAAGAAUGGUAGAUUGGAGUAAUAAUACAAAUACAGAGAAUAGAACUGCCAAUGGAUUUGCAUUUAACCCACCAACAAUGUCUACACAACAAGCAUUAUUAGGGCAAGACUCUGCAUUUUCUCAAAGGGGACCCCUUCAGUCCAGUUUCAUGCAAUCUUUUCGCGCUUGGAAUGAUCUUACUAUGGCAUCUGCUGCAACAGACCACCAUAGAACACAGGAUAUAUCCCAAUCUUUUAUUUUUGGUAGCAGGUUUGCAUCAGAAGGAUUGCCUGGUGCAGGUUUUAGCAUUCCAGCACGAAUUCAUGGGGAGGAAGAGCAAAGUGUUGUUACUGAUAGGCCAUCCUCCUCUCCCAAUUCUCAACGUUGAUUUAAAGAACUCAACUUUCUUGCUUAUCUACAAGAAUCAAAACCAACCAUGGUGAAUGAUGAUCAAAUUGAGAUGAAGUACCAAAGAUUGAACUCAAUUCAAUUCUGCAACACAGCUAUGUGAAGAAAUUAUGGUUGGAAUUCAACUUUUUUUUUUCCCUAUUUUCUUUAUAUCUUUUAAACGAAUUCUGUGCUUAAUCUAUAUAGAGUUUAUCUGCUUAAGGUAUUAAAUGGGUUCUUUUUGCUCAACUUUUGAUAUAUUAUUUUCCUGCUGGUGCUGCUGCUAGAAUUGGAUUCUGAUUUUAUGUGUUUCUGUUUUUGUUGUUGCUGAGCACUCAUCAUAGUUGUCUUCUGCUUCACAUGCUUAAAGUGAAACACAACAAUAAGUGAAGCACAGAGAUUAUGAUUACAACUUUUUUUCUUUGGUAGAGAAUGGAUUUUUAAUCCAUUUUGUGUUGCAUGUACAAUCUGAAUGCUAUUAUAUAAACAAAUUACAUCCUAUUUCUUUAUUUUCAUGUUUUGAGUUUUGCAGCUCAUGUAAUGUUCUAUUAGAUAUAGUCAUCUCCAAGGUCUUUAUAAUGGCUUUA